UUUUUCUUGGGGGUCUGCGCACAGGAGCGGCUGCCACGCGGCUGCCCUCGAACGUUGUCAUCUGAUGACCCCUGGUGGUAGAAUUUUUGCUAGCAUGUGUGCAUGGAUGCUUCUGAGCCAAGCCAUCCAACCAUGUUACAUUUUCCUACAUUCCUCUCCUCCUGUUUUGUCAUUCACAUUAAGCAAGGAGCAAGGAUCAGUUGCAAACACCCAGAAUAAAGUGGUGCAUGUGCCUGGCCAGACUAGACUUACUUCACAAAAGUUGCCCGGUGCCUUCUCUUUCAGUGAAUGUCUGAUACAUUUCCUGUGGGAAGAGAAAGGGGCCAAAAUGAAGGAAAGUGUGGUAUCCACAGUUGUUUUCAUUUUGCUACUUUUUCUCAACACCAGUCUCCUGAAUGGACAAUCACCUCCUGGAAAACCUGAGAUCUUUAAAUGUCGUUCUCCUGAAAAGGAAACAUUCACCUGCUGGUGGAAGCCUGGGGAAGAUGGGGGACUUCCUACUAAUUACACGCUGACGUACCGCAAGGAAGGAGAGACAACCACACAUGAAUGUCCAGACUACAUAACCAAUGGCCCCAAUUCCUGUCACUUCAACAAGAAGCACACCUCCAUAUGGACAAUGUACAUCAUCACAAUAAAUGCCACAAACCAGAUGGGAAGCAGUUCCUCGGAUCCACGUUAUGUGGACGUGACUUACAUAGUUGAACCAGACCCUCCUGUGAACCUAACUUUGGAAUUAAAACAGCCAGAAGACAAAAAACCGUAUCUGUGGAUGAAAUGGUACCCACCCACCCUGGUUGAUGUUAGAUCUGGUUGGCUCACACUCCAGUAUGAAAUUCGGUUAAAACCCAAGAAAGCAACUGAGUGGGAGACUCAUUUUGCUGGGCAGCAGACUCAGUUUAAGAUUCUCAGCUUAUAUCCAGGACAGAAAUACCUUGUCCAGGUUCGCUGCAAGCCAGACCAUGGAUUCUGGAGUGAGUGGAGCCCAGAGAGCUCUAUCCAGAUACCUAACGAUGUCACCAUGAAAGAUACCAUCGUGUGGAUCUUUGUGGCCGUUCUUUCUGCUGUCAUCUGUCUGAUUAUGGUCGCAGCAGUGGCUUUGAAAGGCCAUAGCAUGGUGACCUGCAUCCUUCCACCAGUUCCUGGGCCAAAAAUAAAGGGAUUUGAUACUCAUCUGCUGGAGAAGGGCAAGUCUGAAGAACUGCUGAGCGCCCUGGGGUGCCAAGACUUCCCUCCCACUUCGGACUGUGAGGACUUGCUGGUGGAGUUUUUAGAAGUGGAUGACAGCGAGGACCAACAGCUGAUGCCAGCCCAUUCGAAAGAACACCCGGGUCGAGAUACGAAGCCCGCGCCCCUGGAUCCAGAUAGUGACUCUGGCCGGGGCAGCUGCGACAGCCCUUCCCUUCUGUCUAAAAAGUGUGAGGAAGCCCGGGUGAGUCCCUCCACAUUUCACACUCCUGAGGGCAUCGAGAAGCCAGAGAAUCCCCCAGCAAAGGUCACCCGCACUCGGGACCCCCAGAGCACACGCCUGGAAGGCAAAAUCCCCUAUUUCCCUGCCGACGGAUCCAAAUCUUCAACGUGGCCUUUACCGCAGCCCCCCAGCCAGCACAGCCCCAGAUCUUCUUACCACAGCAUCGCUGAGGUGUGUAAGCUGGCCAUGGGCACAGGGGGGGCCUCGGCCACUCCGCUGGACAAAACAGACACACAUGCUUUAAGAUCUCCAAAAACCACCGAGCCUGGAGGGGAGGAAGAGGCAGCUGAGCGGAGGGAAGUGGAAAGCUUCUGUUCCAAGACUGACCAAGGCACAGCAUGGCUGUUGCCCCAGGAGAAAAGCCCUUUCAUCUCUGUGAAACCCUUGGAUUAUGUGGAGAUUCACAAGGUGAACAGAGAUGGAGCGCUAUCCCUGCUCCCAAAACAGAAAGAGAACAGCAACCAGGCAGAGAAGCCCUGUGCUCCUGAAACCAGUAAGGAGUACGCUAAGGUGUCCAGGGUGAUGGAUGACAACAUCCUGGUGUUGGUGCGGGAUCCGCAAGCUCAGAGCCUGGCUGCGUUUGAAGAACCAGACAAGGAGGCCCCGCCGUCCCUGCCGCAGAAUCCAACGGGAGAAGACCUGGCUGCCUUCGCCUCGGCCCCAAGCGGCUGCGGACUCCAGCUGGGUAACACUACAGAGUACAGGAAACGCACUCUACUAGAGAAUGCUCGAGAAUGUGGUUAGAAUGACACUAUACAGCCCAUAGUUCGCGCCUCAUGCUCCAUUUUCAACCAGCUGCCUCUUUCUCCAACAGCUGAUUCCAGAACAAAUCGUUUUGUUUCCUGUGAUUUGUAGGUUGACUUUUUUUUUUUGCUAUUAGUUAUAAAAUUAUGUGUUCAAUGAGAUAAAAGCACAUCUUUUAAUAUUCUUGAGAGACAGCACCUAGGGGUAUAGGCUCUGGAAGGGGCUUUCAUGGUUUGGUAUGUGACAGAAGGAGAUGAAAUACUCACAGUUGUUUACCACAGGAAGGUGAUACAUGGGAGAAAAAUACCAUGAAAACCGCUUUCAAAAACCAACAAACCUUUGCUUGACCUUUGCUUAACCUUUGCACUCCUGUUUCAUUUUAUUCACAUUAACCAAAUACGACUCACUUGAAGAAUGCAUUCCACAACACCAGACACAUUGUUUACAGCAGUUCCCAUCACCUUAGUGAGACAUUACCAAUAUGCAAGUGAAAAUGAUGCCUCCAGUUUUUUCUUAAAAUGGUUUGAAUUUGUUGAGCAUGGGUUUUUUUUCUCUCCCCCCAAAUUGUAUUUUAUUCUGAAGCCUCUAGAGAAAAUAGUUUUGGAAAGUGAAAUUUUCUAACACAACAGGUAAAUGAGUUUCACGUGGCAAAUUCUUCUCAAAUGUUUUCCUGUUUCAUUUCAGCAUCAGAGAUCAUUUAUUAUACACCCUAGUCUUCUGUUAGGUUUAAAAAACAACAACAACAAAUCCCCAAAGACUAAUUUUAAAAGAUAAUCACAGCAGGAUGCUAAUGGAAAUACUGCCUUACUGUACAUACAAAUUCUACUUUAAUAUAAACCCAUAAGUUUCACAAUGUAUUUUUGAAGACUAUUUUUCUAUCACUUAGGUAAAAUAAAGACUAUUUUCUAUCUUCCCAGUACAGCUGUUUACGUAUAUAGUGGGUAUGGUAUUUUCUGCUACGAGGUUAAACUGAGUAUUUGCGGUACGUAGUAGCAUAGGCAGUCGCAGCCCCUGUUCGUGGAGUAAAAUGCCAUAGCAACCCAAAGCCCAUUGAGGAAUAUGAAGUGGAUGAUUAUAUCCAAUUUCCAGCACAGCGUAGUAUAGUUUAUCUGAUUCUUUUUAUCUCUGUGGUACUUUCAGCAGUCGCCAGCCCAGAAGUUUAGGGCUUUCCACAGACCAGAAAUUACUUCUGUAAUUUAGGGCUACUCUGGAGCUUCUGCUCUUCUCCAGGUGAAUAUUCAUAAAGGCACCAUGAAAAGGUGAGUGAUGACCUCUCACGUACUGUUUCCGAGAGAAGGUUUUGUUUGGUUUGAGCGUUCUGAGAAAUCCUGGGCAGCCACGAAAGUGUAAGCAAAGCCAGGAGUUAGUGUCUCUCUGAAGUAGGUCCAUUUGCGAAAUCUUGGCCAAGGCAGAGACGGCACUCACACCAGACGCGUUCACAUAGAAGUUCGGAGGAAGCAGCAUCUGGGGAGUGGUGGCAGCAGCUACAAAGGCCAGGGUCUGGGAGUAAGAAUCUCCAAGUUGGUUCCCAGGGCAGCCUUCCCGAGAGCGGUCAAAAGCCUGGCUCUCCAUUUUAAAGACAGCAUUCAUGACUCAUCAAAUUGCCUCCCUCUGUUUUUCAUUUCAUCUGAUGGCAAAUCCAUCCUCUGUGUUUACUCGCCAGCUGAAUGUAGUGGAGUUGCACUCACCUUUGGGGGUUAAAUACCCCACUGCAGCAAGCCCAGGCUGACAGGAACUGGACUCCACGGUGGCCCUGAUGUCUGCAAGUGAGCACAUCACUAGGGCUUCCAGAAUUACCAAAGUGAAUCGAUCUGAGUUCUCUUCUCCCAUUAAGAGAGAAGGGAACAUUUGGGAAAGUUGUCCAAGUUCAUCCAGUGCCCUAGGUCCUUGCUACUCAAAGUAGGCCCGCUGAGGACCAGCUGUCUCAGCAUCGCCUGGCACUGCCUGGAAAUGCCGACUCCCAGCUCCCCUGCCUGAGACCUACAGAAUCCGGAUCUGACCCUUGCUAAGAUCCUCGGACGAUUCGCGUGCACAGUGAAGUUGGAGAACUGCCCCAGGUCACCGUUUCCACUAAAGGUACUUUAGUGCAUAGGAACAACCCUCUCUUGGAAUACAGGUCAAGCCUCACUUGCACUCAGUGACACUCUAUGUAAGGAGAAGGCAUACUUUUUUUAAAAUCCAUUUAGGGUUUAAAUUUACAGAUUGAUAGACAGUGACUCGCAAAGAGGGCCAGGGAAUAUACCCCUCACCCCGGGAUAGACUCUGCCAAAGACUUUGCCUUUCAAAGCCACUCCAGACCAAACUUUUCCCAAAAUAGUCCAUUCUCCUCCAAAAUGUGUAUCAAUCACUUUGAUAAUUUGAAAAUUCAAAAAUAACCUGUUUUGACAUAUGACUUGGCAUGUGUGGAAAAAAGUUGUUGUGGUUAAUGACUCACCUUGAAGUAAAUCCCCAAAAUAUCCCAAUUAGCCACUCAUUAAGUAAGCCAAGUUUACAGUUCUGUGGUCAAUUAACACUCUUUAUUUGAAUUAAGUGGAGUUUUUUUUCAUCUUCUGGUAUAUUUCCUAUCAAGGAGACAGCUAGUGCAGUGGAAGGAUGCCUACUGGGGGUCAAGAGACCUGGGUUCUAGUCCUGGCUCAGAACAAUUGCCUUUCCUGGGCCUCAGUUUCCUCUGAAGGAAAUGUCAGGCCAAUCAUCUCUAAUAUCCUUUCAAACUCUGGCUCCUUGAUUCCAUGACUCACUGAAUAUUUUCCAGCAAAGAUAAUUUACCCAGUGCUUUGAUCGUAAGUAAGCUCACAAAUAAUUGCUGUUCAUCACAGACACACAAGUACUCUCCAGUGAUGUGCUCUUUUGAUUUCACUUUUAAAUCAUCAGUUCUAGUCAUAUUAACACGACACAUGGAUGCUAUAAAUUAGGUACAGGAUCAGAGUCUAAGAUAACAUGCAAGUUUGUGUGUAGAGAAAAGAGGCAUGAGAUUUUUUUUUCAAGACAUACUGAAUGAGGCUCUGAUUUUUAGAAAAAAUAAUCUUUUACUGAAUCAAGCCAUGCUUAUUUUUUGCUGAGUCCAACAGCCCCAAAUCACUUUUCUUUUAUCUGACCGCGGCUUCUGUUUUUUAUUUCUUUCCGAUGAAUUAUAAACCACUAUUGCACGGUUGGUUUAAAGAGCCAUAUGCUCUGAAUUAUAAAAAGUCAUGUUUUUAUAAACAAACACCUAAAUAUGCAAGUUACAAAGCACACGGAGACGGGCUAGCCAGUGGGUGAUUUAUGGAAGCUGCUAACCCCAACUGCAAAAUGUUGUCUGGUCAGUUUCAACGAAUGGGUUUAAGGCACCUCAGCAUGAGCCCAAGUUAUUCUCAGCUGCAUCCCUGACAUUUAACAAACGUCCAUUCUCCUAAGUGCCUAAGACCAAUUCUGGUAGGUGGGUAUGUACCAAAAACUUGCUUUCACUAGUUUGGUCCAGCGUGGGUCAAUCCCUGUACCACCUGUACGAUCAAGGAGUUUGACCCCUUGUCCUGUAGUGCCCAACUGAAUUGGAGACUCCUCUGAGUUCAUGAGCUCCAGGAUGCGGUUUGGCUAUGGAGGAAAUCUGGUUCUUUCUUGAGAUGCUCCACGGCUGCAGUCACUUGCAGAAAGACUUGGCCCUGCCUUUAGUAUCUUCUCUAUCUCCUUAGUGUAGACAAGAAAGAAACAGAUUUGUACAUAGUUUACAAAGUGCCUUUCUUUACUUUUAUAAAAAAGAAGUUUUGUUUUUGCAAGAAAAGCGUAUUGAUUGGAAAGUAAAUUUUACUUGUUUUAUGUAAAUGAAUAGAGAAACCAGAAAGCGAAUGACAAAAUGGUCUGAGGUCCAACCAGCAACUGUUCAGUGGAUUUUUGUAUUUAUUGCUUAACCGAAUUACCAUAGAGCUGAUGUGACUAGUGUAACUUAUUUUGUCUGAUGAGAAAUUGACUGGCUAGGAAUUGGGGAUAUGCCAGCCACCCUGUGAUUCAAGACUCCUCAAUUUAAAAACAUAUUGAUAUGCUUUUGAAUGGCUUCGAAUUGCAUGCCUAGCCUGAAAAGGACAAUGCAUGCUCAGUGGAAGCUUGCACGCCUACAGAAAAAUGCAAAUGACUCUGGAAUACCAUUGCCAGUGUUGCUAACCUAGACUUGCCAUUGGUGAAAGCCUCGUGUGUACUUCAGUGAACAAAUUUCAUGUUCUGCCUUUUUGGCUCCAGCACAACAGUAAAAUCCAAGGUUUCAAAGGCCCAGGUGCAAUGCAGGAAAGUAUGGCUGAUGUGCCCUUAACCUGAGAACUGGACGGUGUCACAAAGCUUGAGAGAACCAUAGACAUCUGUUGGUCCAAGCUGGCUUGAUUUUCCUUAUCAUCCUGGCUUCUUCUUUCCUUCUUAGCUAUCUGUACUUCUAGCCUUUUUGUUCUUCUGCUCUAGGGCCUGUAUUUUUCCUGAGAGUUAAUUAUGUACCCUGGCAACCAUGGGACGCACAAGAAACUAGGUUAUCCGUAAACGAUGACUUUGGCCCCACAAAGGACUAAGUCAGAUGUUAAAUCAGCCACACAGAUGUCACGGUGCACAUUGAGGGUCCUUAGUCACCUCAUGUAGAGAUUUGCAUAGUUAGAAAUUGCAGCUCAAUUCAUUAACUACUUAAUUAAUUCAAAGGCCAUUAAUAAAUCCAAGCUACACUGAUGACUCAGUUCUGAAGGUCUUAAGUAGAAAUUUAAAAAUACAAAAUGAUUGCUUGAGAACAUUGUAACCAGAAGUUCUAUGUAUAAUUAUGGCCUGGACUUUUUCCAUGAUUACCAGAUAUAAUCUACAAAUCAAAGCGUUCUCUCCCUAUGCUUGUGUAUUUCAGUAAGGUGAUUUUGGGUCUGAGAUCAUCAUGCUAUCUAUUUCAAUGAAAGGAAAAAAAUAGAUAGGAAAUAGGACAUUUCCAGAGGUUUGAGCAUCUCAGGAUUCCACGAAAUGCUGACAGUAGCCUGCUAAACCCAAAUGUUAUCGGACAAAGUGAAUCUGUAAUCUAUUCAGUGUUCUGAGCUUAUGGCUAAGAGAUGUACGUACCUCACAACACCAUGUGCCCGUCGUCUUGUCCACAUGCUCCGAUCUCAAGUCAAGAAGCACUAAGACGUGUAAAGUGGAAAAACAUAGCCUGUUUAUGUGACUGUGGUCAAUGAACACAGAGACCCUCCGACAAUUGUAUUCUAUUAAUUAACUUUUUACCUGCUCCUGAUUAAAUUAAAAAAACAGGGAUCCCUAAAACCUUUGGCUAGUGAAGUAGUGAUCAAUCAAAAGAAACCUUUAAUAAUUAGGUUUAAAUUAUGCUUCACCUGGAUAAAUGUCAAAAUACAGUCUGAGUUUUUCCAUGCAACUUUCAUGAAUCCUGAAGAAAAAAUCUUGUUAGGAUGUUAAUCUGAAGUCAAAAAUCUGUAUGGCAAAGAUACCUCUGAAAACGAAUUUGUUUUAUAAAAUUUCUGAUAAGAUGUUUUGAAUUUUUAAAAGUAACUACCUCCCCUUCUCAUCCUACUGUCCUUCCUCCAAAGCUGCUUAUUGUUUAGAAAUGGAAGAUAUCACGUCUCGUGCUUUGACUGUUCUUCAGUGGCAUAUUUGACGUACUGGCCAUGUGACAUUCCUGACUUUAAAAUAACUGUUCUAUUAUUUGAUAUUAUAUUGCUUUAUGUGGUUCAACUGUUUGAUGCAUUAUAUAGAAUCCUUGUAUUGUGAAACUCAUCGUGUAAUGCAAAUGAAAAUAAUUAUAUAGUGAUUUAUAAUCUAUCCUUGUGUAUUUCCGUCUGAUUGUGUCUAUGUCUGUAAAAGAGAACUGAAAAAAAUGUAAUCAUAUAUUUCUGUUGAGACUGCGAAUGUACAAACUUUUUUCUCAUCCUUUGUCUGGAAGUACUAUCAGACGCCAUCGCACCGCCGAUCUGGGGUGUUACAUGAUUAGAGUACAAGCCAGCCACUGUUUAAAAGUCAACCCCUCAGCUUUGCUUCCUGUGACUUCUGAGAACUUCCUGAGUGCUAUUUGCAUCAUGAUGCUUGCUUUUGUGCUCGAUCAUUCAUUUUAAACAAUUUCAUGAGUCUCAUGUGGAAACCACAGCAAUCUAGAACCAGCCUGUUGUGUGAGCUGUGUUUUCUGUAAAGACAUAUUGAAGCAAAGACUAUGUAAUGGCAAAAGGUUCCAUAUUUCCAGAGCUUUCACUACCUCUGCUUUUUCUCUUUCCCUAGAAAAUACCAAGCAAAAUUCUUCAACAUGAAGUGAGAAAUUAGAAGUGACUGUUUCAGUAAGUUGCUGGGGAUUGGUUUUGGUUCGGUUUGGUUUGGUUUAACAUGAGAAUACACCUUCUAAUUCACCACUUCGUAGGUUUAUGCAAGGGUUUCUCAAUAACCAGUUUUACAUUUUAUAAAAACUGGCUGACAAAUAAAGGCCAGAAAGAAUAGUAAAUCUUAGUAAAUCAACAAAACCAUAGAGUGCAGAUUUUUCCCGAAUGAUGAGUCGCCUCAAGGUGGUUACCCAAAGCCAUGAUAAUGAUAUUCCUCACAAUUUGAUUUCCCUAACACCCCUAAAAAUAAAUAUUUUCCUUACUUGAUUUUAGCCACCAAAUAUAUUAUGGAAUGGGAAAAGUCAGCCAUAUAUCAGAAAUAGUCUUGUUUCGAUUUAAAAACACAUUUCUACAUGUACUUAUUGUAAUGUCUACUUUUUUUUCUUUUUAGUCUUAAAGAAUUUUAGAGGACUAUAGUUGUCUGAUUUAUCUUGCAUUUUUAGUUCUGUAAAUCUUUGGUUAUUGCACAUUGUACUUUCCAUUUUCCAUGGAUUGCUAUCCUUCCAUUUUGAGGGGACAACAUGAACCGUUAAAUCCUUGUCAGUAGUAUGGGAGAUUAUGCUAACUUGCUGUUGUCAUAACAUCCUUACUUUUACUGCACGCCAAAACCAGUGCUUGCCAAACAAAACCUUAGACAUCCCAGUAUAAUGUGGUCAUUAUAUUUCUAUUCAUGUUAUUGACAAUACCCAAUUCCAUGCCUGGCUCAAUAAAUGUGGAUUUCCCUUGC